UGGCAGGGAGUCGGUGGAAUGGUUCGUUGGCCAGUAUGUGAAUGUAGGUGAAAAGCAAACGGCCAGAAACGUCAGUUCUCAAUUGACAUUUGCCUGUUUUACUCUGUGUUUCCAUUUACUUCUGACGUUUUGAGGUUUGCUAUUGACGUUUUCUACGGUCAUCGCCGUGCCCAUUGCGUCCAUCAUUUGCGCGAGUUGUAUGUAUUGCUUUGUGAGCCGAGCCAAGCUGCGCUGUUUUGUUUAUUCCAGAUUUUCCUGCUGUUGACCUUUGCUGGCUUCACGCGCUGGUACUAUAAAGUUCAUAAACAAAAACAAAACCAACAAAAUGUGUUCAAUUAAACUCGUGCUACAAAUUUUACUAAUCUGCGUUGCCUUAAGUGGCACGGCAUUGGCUAUAAAUUGUUAUGUCUGCGACGCCUCCGACACCAAAACACCGUUCCAGUGUGGUGAAUGGUUCGAACGUUUCGACGAUCCCGACAUUCAGCCACAGAACUGUUCCAAUGUUCACGAGGCGAAGUACUGUAUUAAGCACAUUGGACGUUACGAGGGUGGCAUCGGUGCGAAACGCUUCUGCUCUUCCAAGGAUUUGGGCAACUACUGUGAUUAUGUGAAGAACAAAGGUGAUCGCAUGGAUUAUCGCUCCUGCAUCUUUACCUGCGACACCGAUGGCUGCAAUGCAGCGGGUAGCAUGAGGCCGUGGUUAGCUGUUAUUGUUGGGUCCUUACUUUUGGCCAAAUUUUGGCGUUGCUGAGUAAGGUGGCGCUACGCUAUGCGCAUGUGUAACUCGAAAUUUUUAGUUUUAAGCUUCAAAGUUCCAUUUCUCUGUAAUUAGCUAUUAUAUAAUUAAUUUUUGGUCUGUAAAAGAGUGCCUUCUAUUUUUCAAGUCUUACGUACAAGUAGUUUACAGUAAAUAAAAAUAUAUACUAAAAUUUGUUUUAAAAUAAA